CUCUCCCUCCUCCCCCUGUCGCUUAGCGGACUGGCGAAACCCCGUUUGUUUUAAUGUAGUGAUGACGAGACAGUGAAGAAGUUCAGCGGUGAUGAAAGAGCACCUGCGAGGAACUGGAAAAAGACCUCUCAUCUAACUUCUCGUCGCAGAAAUAAACAAAAUGUCAUGGAUAAAAGCUCUCACCGCUUGCCUUGUGCUCUCCAGCCUGCUGUUCAGCUCCCAGUCAGUGCCUAUUAGUGUAGAUAAAACUAAAGUCAAUGUGCCAGAAGAACAGGUACAGGAAAUGCCUCAAAGUGUGGACACUGGACUGCAUUAUGACCGCUAUCUCAGGGAAGUUAUCGAUUUCCUCGAAAAAGACCAGCAUUUUAGAGAAAAGCUGCAGAACACCGGCAUUGAGGACAUCAAGCAAGGGAAACUGGCUAAAGAGCUGGACUUUGUGAGCCACCACGUCAGGACUAAACUCGACGAGUUAAAGAGGCAGGAAGUGAGUCGGCUGAGGACGCUGAUCAAAGCCAAGCAUGACAUGGAAGGAGGGAACGACGUGGCCGUGGAUCAUCAGGCCAUCCUGAAGCAGUUUGAGUAUCUGAACCACAUGAACCCUCAUACCUUCGAAGUGGAAGAUCUGGACAGACUCAUCAGAUCAGCCACGAAGGAUUUGGAGAACUACGACAAAGAACGUCACGAGGAGUUCAAGAAGUACGAAAUGAUGAAGGAGCAUGAGCGUCGCGAGCACCUGAAGACCCUCAGUGAGGAGAACAGGAAGAAAGAAGAGGAGCAUUACGAAGAGAUGAAGAAGAAGCACGCCGAUCACCCGAAAAUCAAUCAUCCUGGCAGUCAGAAUCAGCUGAAAGAGGUGUGGGAGGAAGCGGACGGUCUGGACCCUGAUGAUUUUGACCCCAAAACCUUCUUCAACCUGCACGACUCAAAUGGAGACGGCUUCUUCGACGAGCAGGAAUUAGAGGCGCUGUUCACUAAAGAGCUGGAGAAAAUCUACGAUCCUGCGAAUGAGGAGGACGACAUGGUGGAGAUGGAGGAGGAGAGGUUACGAAUGAGAGAGCACGUCAUGAACGAGGUUGACACCAACAAGGACCGCCUGGUUUCUUUAGAUGAGUUCCUAAUGGCGACAAAGAAGAAAGAGUUCCUGGAGCCGGACAGCUGGGAGACUCUGGAGCAGACCCAGGCUUACACCGAGGAGGAGAUGCGCGAGUUUGAGGAACAUCUCAUCAGGCAGGAGCAGGAUCUGAUCCAGAAAACGGCCGAAUUGCAGAAGCAACGUGACGAGCUGGAGAGACAGCAGGAGCAGCUCAACGCACAGAAGAAAGAACUUCAAGAAGCCGUCGAGCACAUGGAGCGUUUAAAAAUCCAGAAAGGUCCACCAGAAGUUCACGUUGAAGGGAACGAAGUCCCAGAAUCCCCUGACGACCAACACCAGGCACCUCCUGAGCACCAGGUGCCUCACGAGAACCAGCCGCUUCCUCCAGGACACCAGGAUGUUCCUGCAGUUCAGCAGGAUUUGAGCCACGGCCAGCCUCUGCCUCAGGAUUCUCACCCCAACGUCAUCCAGGAUGUCCAACGAGUACCGUAGAGGAGGAGAGCCAGGUAUCAGGAGCAGGACUGUGCAGACACACACACACACACACCCCCCUUCUCCAGCGUCGGGAGGCGAUGCAUUAGGACCACUCGCCUCCACGUGGUUCCUCCUGUUUCUGCUGCUCCACAGAAGUUUCAGUCAUCAGUACUACUCCAUUUUAUUCUUUAAUUUUAUUUUUUAGUAAUUCUCCUCAUGCUGGUUUGACUCCUCGUCAAAGUCGUUUUGCACAUUUUUUUUUUAAAGGUUACGGAAAGGGCACCAUGAUGAAAAUGGAUCGAUUUUAUUCACUCAAUUCGGUCAGCCCCAGAGCAUAAAGUUUACAACUCCAAUCAAGGUCCAGAUAUUUCAAAUCAAUUAAACAUAAGACAUUUCAGAUUUCUGCCUGCUUUACAUGAUUGUAAACAGAUUCAAUGCAGAAAAAGUUACAUUUAUUAAAUAAAAUCCCCAGACUAUCCCCAAGCUUAAAAUGACCAACACCAUCUGUAUUAUUUAAACUCCAGUUCUUGUUUACUCUGUUGUCUCAUUAAUGUGCCCAUUUUAAGGUGCGUCAGAUUUUCUGCACAGUUUAAAAAAAAAAAUAUGAAUGUGUCAUUUUGUUCUAUAGAAUUUUGUGUGCUGUUCUUAUUAAAGUGGUCGAGGCA